AAAAAGCUCAAUGGUUGCGGCUUCCAGGCUAACCAGCCUAGAUGUUGGUUAUUCGCUUCGUGCCACGUUGUUCUUUUUUAUGCUCAUCAACCUAGCAGUUCACACUAUUGCCCAGCAAGUCGACGGAAGGGAUAAUGCUCAGGCCCUUGCUGAUAUCACCCUUGCAGACGCGAUGCCAAGCGGACCAAAAGUAGACGCCGCCCGAGUGUAUCUCAACCAAAUACCACGACAAGCCAUCCCUUACAAUCCUCCACCAAAAGACUUUCCGCCGGAUCAAUGGGGCAACCGCAUCCCUGACUUUAGUCAAGUAGGAUACCGCAGUGGCCAUGUCCCGCUCCCUCAGGUCCCUGUCAAGAUCAUCCUCCAUCCCUCCUCAGAUCCCCAGGUCAACGACCGUGCCCGUAUACAGAACGCCAUCGACUGGGUUGGACGCCAGCCCCUCCAAUCCUUCACGCUCCGUGACCGCAAGACCGUCAUCCGCACACGUGGCGCUGUCCUCCUCCAGGCAGGCAUCUACCAUAUCCAGGGCGCAUUGAUCCUCAAUAAAUCCGGCGUCGUUCUCCGGGGAGAAGGCAAUGGGCCCAACGGCACGGUCUUGAUGGCCUCGGGCCAGUUCCGACACGAUUUUAUUCACAUAAACGCAGUCCUGGAUCCGACGUUUCAGGGCACACCAGAGUAUUUGGUCAAGCAUGGGGCGAGUAAAGAGAUGUCCCCGAAGGAUCCGUAUGUGAUCUUGGACCAACAGGUCGCGCGUGUGGCGAAAAAGUAUGUCCCUGUGGGGACGACUAAGUUGCCGGUGCAGGAUGUGUCGAAUUUCAAGAUCGGGACCGAUGUGGUCCUGGAACGACGGGCGAAGGCGAGUUGGGUGCAUCUGCUGGGGAUGGAUGAUAUCCCGCAGAGACCGGGUGAUCCGGGUCGCACCAGGAAUUGGGAUCCGCGUCAGUAUACCCUAAGAUAUGUGAGGAAAGUUAUGGCGAUCGAGAAGAAACCGCAGGCGAAGCUGAGGGUGAAAAGGAACCAGCACCGUGGCAGACGUGUCCGAUGGUCGCGGCACCACCGACAUGUUAUAGACAGGAACCAUACGAGCAUUAUCCGCAUGCUUGAGACCAAGUCCGUGGUCAAAGGUGAGGGUGACCAUGAGGACGACGACAUUAAAGAAGAAAAUGGAUACAAGGACUUGGGAACUGAGCAACGCGCCCAGCCAGGGUAUCUGAGGCUCGAUAUCCCGACGGUCAUGAACAUGGACCCAGCCUACGGCAGAAGCGUCGUCUACAAUUUUGAGCGCGAGACUCCGAUCCCCUCGGAUGUCGGUGUCGAGAACAUGGCGCUCUGGUCGGAAUACGACCCUGACAAUUUAUUGGACGAACAGCACGCGUGGUUUGCAGUGUUAGUUGAUCAUUGCGAGCACUGCUGGGUGGCCGAUAUCAAGGCCAGGAACUUUGUAUCGGGCGUCAAGGCCGGUCCGGGGUCGAAACAUGUAACGAUCCAGGAUAGUGAGAUGCUGGAACCAAUCUCGUUGCGGAACGCGGGCGGAAGGCGAUACAUGUAUAUGCUUCAGGGACAUAUGGGACUUGUGAAGAGAUGCUUUGCGAGUGACUCAAGGCAUGACUUCCUAACGGGGUCGAAGACUCCUGGGCCAAACGUCUUUGUGGACUCGGACGGAAUUCGUGCGAACAACGAUGCAGGGCCUCAUGAUCGGUGGACAACAGGAACGCUCUAUGAUAACAUCCACAGCCAUGACCUUAAUGUGCGCAAUCGCGGAUGGAUGGGGUCCGGACAAGGCUGGUCAGGCGCAUUCCACGUUGUCUAUCGCUGCUCAGCCGACGUAUCCGUCGAGUUCCAAUCACCGCCUGGAGCCACCAACUGGGUCAUCCACUUUGAAGGCAAACUCGGUCAUAAAUCGGUCGAGUUUAAAGGAGACAACGCCACAUUCUUGGACCCCAACCCCAAGAACGGUAAAGUCUCUCGUUCGUUGUACUGGUCCCAAUUGGUGGCAAGGAUGGGUAACACGAACGAUGCGGCCAUCACUGUGGAGAACUAUGUGGGUGUUGCGGGAAAGAACAGCUAUCCACCACCGAUGCAGGGAAGGUUUGUGAGCAUGGAGGAGAUCGUGGCACGCGACAAACAGAUUAGGGCGGAUCUCGCAGGUGACCAAGGAUCGGAGCGUUGGGAGGCAGAUGACAUUACCUUGAAGGAUCUAGUGCAGGAGAUCCAAAGAUUGGAGCGGGAGUUGGGCUAUGCUGUGGACAGGCGGGCCAUCUAAAUGGAAGCACAUCUAUAGCAUCUCUUUCUCCCCAUCAUUGUCCGUGUAUUUGUAAUAUACCCAUAUAUCCAU